CCAGUGUUUCGAAAGGUUUGUUUUGCUUGCACAUCGUCCAGUGUAGAUAGCCUUUAUGUUCUCUCUCCGUCAUUGCAUUUUUAGGUUUGUUGUUCCUCGACUUCUAGCUCUUCGUUCCUGUGUAUGUAUAUCGUCUUUUGAGGAAGUUUUUGUGACAGUCGUAGAUAACCUAUAAUAAGCUCCUGAAGAGAAAUGGAUCAAGAAAUUGCCGUCGCCUGUCGGUUCAUUCGAGAACGCCUGCCGAAUGACCUUCCGAAGUCACAGACGAGUAGGUUUGAAGUCGAACUGCGUGAAGUGUUGAAACGGCUGUACACCGGCCAUUGGUACCCCGAAGAACCAAGCCGUGGCAGCGGGUAUCGAUGUCUAGCUAGUCGUAAUGGGGUCUUGGAUCGGAGCAUUCUUCAAGCGGCAGAAACAGCCAGCAUAGAUCUGGCUCUUUUUGUGUCGGCUUUUCCUGUUGAGCACUCUUCGAUCUGGGUUGAUCCGGCGGAUGUCAGUUAUCGUCUAUACGAGAGGGCUCCGAUUAUUUGCUUAUGGCAAAGAGGCAAGUACUGCGACAGUCAGCAGGCUAAUCUCGCACCGCCGGUUGGACCACCCCGUCGCACUGCUCAUCAAGAUGUCGGCAGAGCUUUCACGAGACGCGACUUCAACUCACAACUCACCAACGCGACUCCUUUCAAAGGUCCAGAGCCCAAAAAAGCAUCAUGCUGGUCUUCCAACUACUUUCCCUCCGGCGGUUCGGCUACUGUCUUCUCCAUCGAUAGCGAAGUUGACCAUGGCAUGGAAUUGCCCCGAAUGGAUGCUUAUCCGUCUUCCUUGGACAGCCCGUACAGCAGCAGAUCAAGCUCUCCACCAUCUUCAAUGAGCCCGGACACGUCCGAAGAGGAGGACUUGCUGUCACGCGAGGAUACUCUUCAGCGCAAUAAUGGACUGGCUUUCGGUGUGCACUGGACCCAGGCUGAGCAGCGCAGGGCGUUCGCCAAGAAGUCCUCCGGUCUGUCCGGCACUGCUCCUGUGUUUGCUCCACGUACUGUAUAUAACAACAACAAUGCCAAUAAUCAUCAUCAUCACCACCAUCAUCAACCUCAUUCCAGCCAUCCUCACUGGCAUCAUAGUUCUCGUCUUGGGGCUGAGCGUCCGUUGCAGCAAGCCCGGGCUUAGUUCAGUCCAAUCCCCGCAUGGCGUCACCAGGAGUCUUGGGGCGUGAAUCCACCAAGUAAGAAUUUAUUCUGUACAGUUAGUUUUGUGUUGUAUUCGUUUGUGGCUGCCAUUGUCAUCGUACCCGUUCCUGUACUAGCUGUCACCUCUGAGCACUGCGUGUUUCCCUUCUUUAGCCCCUGCCCCUUGUCCCAUGUACAAAUUCCCUUUCCCCUGGCACCUAGUAGUAUUCAAUAUUUUAAUUGUGUGUGCAACUCAACGGAGUGUAACUCGUUUAGCAAUUAGUUAGUUUGUUAGUCUCGUACGCUUCUAUAGGAACGUACAUCAUACCCGGCAAUUCCCCGAUAGUCGAGCACCAGUACCGUCAGGACACUGUUACCGUCUUAUCCCAUGUGUAUGUGUAUCUGUGUGCGCACCUGGCUUGUGCACCGGAACUUGUACCGAGUCCCACGGCCCUACAUCCGCUCAUGCGGUGCAGUGGCAUAAUAUUACUACUACUACUCCCCCAUUACGUAUCUGUACCUGAUAAGAGCUACUACCUGGCCUAUCUAAACCCCCAUCGUACCACUGCUUCCCCUUGGCAUCAUAUCCUGUCCUAAGUGUUUUAUACUGUGUGACUAUCCCAACAGACUAGCCUGCACUAUAUGCAGCUAGAUCCCCUUGGUUUUUUUCUGACUCCCUCAAACUGACCAAUCAACUAUAAGUCCUAUUUACCCGUCGUAUUUGAACCCAUUCAGCAGCAGCCGCCACAGCAGCAUCUUUCUCACUAGUUAGUUUCAACUCAUGUUCUUACAUUGUAGUUAUUAUUUUGCAUCAGUAGGGAGGGACAUGCUCGCUGAACAUGCUCCGCUGCCGUGGCGUUUAUUAUUUUGCCCGUCCCUGGGGCCCUUUGUCCCAUUUCGUCAAUUUCCGCCUUUGUAGAGAGCAGUUGUGUACUAAGUGCUGAGUUUGCUGGCCGGACUCACUUGCUACUAGUCGCUAGCUUUGGAACUCUUUGACGGGUUCAUAGAGCUGGUGUAUAUGUGUAUGUGUACACUUUAGCUGUGCAGCUGUUGCUGCUGCUGCCUACGCCGUAUUUCUUUGUUUUUAUUUGGCUCUGUGUGCCGUUCAUUGCCUGGCUGUGCUAUUUGAGCGGGUGUUGGUGGUGCUUGUACCGCUACUGCGCUUACUCACUUGAUUCCUCGUCACAUGUUCUCCACUAGUUCUACCAUACAAUACAAAAUCACACACACAAUAUCUACGGCUGCUACCGUACCAUUCAUUUUUUUUCUAUCAUGACCCUUGCUCGCGGCAUAAGCGGACCUGGGUUAAUGAGAAUAGCAAUCAUAAUUGUUUGGACGUAGUGCCCCCCCCCCCCCCAUCUAUCUAUCUCACUUGCUUUUACUUCUCCACCCAUUCUAGCGCACGUAAUAAUAUUCUGCAAUAUCAGCAUACAGCCAUACGUGCAAGUACAUGUUGACGAUACGCCGUAGUAAUAUUUCUUGCAGCCAUGCCUGCAUGACUGAUCAUAGCACACAAAUCCCAAUUAUAUACGACAAUUCUUUUAGUCCUAAGCGUUCUUGACUAGCCUUCUCGUUUUCCCUUCACCAUUUCUUCUUGCCGUUGAGUUGUUCUUGUUCGUUUGCUUUGCCUCUCGCUGUGUGUGUGGCUCCGCUCUCUGUCCGUGGAUUUUUUCCGCGUUUCGUUGUCAUUCUGUGCUGUGAAGACAUGAUAAUCUUCUUUGGUGGAUGCUCCGCACAGGCGCGCUUCCGUACAACUAA